UGCGCAGAACGCGGGCGCGGUUGCCGUGGCAGCACCGGCCCCAGGGAGGCAGCGGGGCGCGGCGCUGAGCAGGCGGCGGCGGCGGGCUGAAACUGCUGUGCGGCUAUCAGAGCCCGCGGCCGGGCGGAGGCGGCAGCGGGUAGGCCUGAGCGGCGGGGCGCGGCGCCCGGCCCGCGGGAAUGCGGGACCGCCUGCCUGACCUAACGGCGGUGAUGCUGUCUCCAUGCUGAAAGGGUGAGAAGGUGGUGUCUUGUGCAUGAGCACAGGUGGUGAUGGAGAUGAUGGUGCCAGGAUGCUUCAGUCCUUAUGUGGUGGUGUAGGAAAAAUGAUGAUGGGGACACUAUGGUUGUGGUUGAAAAGGACCAUUUUAUGGAUGAUUUCUUCCACCAGGUUGAGGAGAUCAGGAACAGUAUAGCUAAGAUAGCUCAAUAUGUUGAAGAUGUAAAGAAAAACCACAGCAUCAUUCUUUCUGCACCAAAUCCAGAAGGAAAAAUAAAAGAAGAGCUUGAGGACUUGAACAAAGAAAUCAAGAAAACUGCUAAUAAAAUUCGAGCCAAGUUAAAAUCUAUUGAACAAAGUUUUGAUCAGGAUGAGAGUGGGAACCGAACUUCAGUGGAUCUCCGGAUACGAAGAACCCAGCAUUCAGUACUAUCUCAAAAGUUUGUGGAAGUUAUGACAGAAUAUAAUGAAGCACAGACUGUGUUUCGGGAGCGAAGCAAAGGACGUAUACAGCGUCAGCUAGAAAUAACCGGAAAAACCACCACUGACGACGAGCUGGAGGAGAUGCUGGAGAGCGGGAACCCUUCCAUCUUCACCUCCGACAUUAUAUCAGAUUCACAGAUCACGAGACAAGCUCUCAAUGAAAUUGAGUCUCGUCACAAAGACAUCAUGAAGCUGGAGACGAGCAUCCGGGAGCUGCACGAGAUGUUCAUGGACAUGGCCAUGUUCGUCGAGACCCAGGGUGAAAUGAUCAACAACAUAGAAAAGAAUGUCACGAACGCAGCAGACUACGUAGAGCAUGCUAAAGAGGAGACAAGGAAAGCUAUCAAACACCACAGCAAAGCAAGGAGGAAAAAGUGGAUAAUUGUGGCCGUGUCAGCCGUUCUGGUUGCUGUAAUUGCUCUAAUUAUUGGUUUAUCAGUUGGCAAAUGAUGAUGUGACCCAUCGCAUGCAUGCCUCUCUGCCAGUGUGGUAAAAAUGAUGUUCAUUAUUUUUUGUGUUAUUAUUUUGCUUGUGAUCCUUGGAAUUAUCCUAGCAACAACAUUGCCAUAGCAGCAAUAUCCCAAGAACCAUUUAUCCUUGGAGUCAGACCACGUCUGCAGCAAUCAGCGUCCCCCAUUUCAUGAAUGAAUCCUAGACACUGUGACAUGUGGCACUGAGUGCUGGCUUAUUAGUGAAUUCAAGGAGAAAACACAACAGAAUGUAUUGUUCAGUGAAAAACCGUAAGCAGAAUGGGUGUGAUGAGUUAACCCCAACAUCCUUGGACUCUAAGUAAUACACCACAAUAAUCUAACAAUAUGAAACUUGUUUCAAUGGCCUUAAAUAAGAAAUUAUUGAAAAUUUCAAUUUUUAAAAAUUUCAGUGUUAAAAUAUAUGUGACGUUUAAUUAGGAAUAUUUAUGUUAUGAAGCCAUUAGAUUUCAGUCUUCCUUCCCCAGCUAACAUGCUAAUUAAGAUAUAGCAUUUUUGAACUAUGUUUAAUUUGUGUUUGUUGUUUGCAAAAAUAAUUUUUAUUAUCAAGAGCUGUUUUGUAAGAUAUCUAUACUUUUAAAUGUUUAUAAAGUAAUUGCUUAAUAUAUUAACAUCUUAACUUACUGUUUUUAUAUAUGAGACAUUGCCUUUAAAAGGAAUAAGAAGUUUCAUGAUAUUAGAGCCAUUUUUGCACGGUUCACAGUUUGCCAUUGGCAUUGAAAACAUUGGUUGCAAAGUACCCCAAAAAGCCUUUCAAGUGCCUUCUGUUAAGAUUGAUUUGUAAGGUUUAACUGCACCUAACACCCUCCAGAAAAGCUCCAUUUCUCUUUGUUCCAUUACAAGAUAAUAAAUUAGUUACUGCACUCUAAAGAUGGCCUCUUCUGUUCAUUAAAAAUAAGGUUUGUGUUUCCCUGUUCACAUUAAUAAAAUAUGAAUUUAAGAUGGUGAUAAAAUCAAGAUUCAGACUUUCUAAACUCAAGGAAAUUAUUCCUAGACAUUAAGUGAUUUUUAAAAAUUUAAACUGUUGUACAGUUCACUUACGUGUCCUUGUUAAGUACGUAGAAGUUAACUCCCAAAGUUUAUUGGAAUUUAUGACAAACAUAUUUAUUGUUCAUUAGUGUUUUAGUGUAACAGUGUGCUUUAUUUUUAGACUUGUAAAAUGUAUGAAAUCUUACUAGUGAAUGGACAUGUAUAAAAAAAUAGAAUUUCAAAUGGAUAUGUGAAGGAUACCCAAAAUACAGUUAUCUCUUGUUACUUCUGUAUGUGAUUGUAUAAGCAUGUGACUGUAUUUUAACAUUGUUUGGUUUGAAAACUAAUAUAGAUAUACUUGAUUCUAAAUGAUAAGUAUGAAUUAUAUUGAAUAGCUCAGAAACUGUGUUCCUUAUUUAAUAUAACGAAUUCCACUUGUUCAUAAUUUAAACAUCUAGCUGCUUAGCUUCGAUUCAAGUCUGAAUUUGUGCAUUUUUCUGAUCAUCACUGUGUGCUCAAAAUUACUAUAGUAUUCUGGCUCUAACAUAUUUUUAAAAAUCUGAAUAGCCUUAAGUGGGAUAAGCUCACUGACUAUUACUUAUGUUGAAUAUACAACUUGUCUUGAAGGAUAUUUAAAUAUUUAGAGAUCAUGCUUGUGUUACUAUCACGUUCAUACAUCUAUUUUCCUGUAUAAUUACGUCCAAAUGUGGAAGAACUUUGUGCUGUGGUGACCCGUCUCUGCUUGUCUGUGUCCUCUUCAAGUCCCUCACCUUUAUAGUGGCUCUUACUGUAUUUCUGCACAUCAUCCUGUUAGAUGGAUGGGAAGUACUUAACUGGAUUUGUGUUUUAUAGUUGAAGUUAUGGAAAUGGUUUUUCAUUUCUAUUUAGAUAUUUAAGUCACCUAUCAAAUAACACAUUUGUAAGUCUAAGCCUCAUGUACCUAUUUGAAAUCAGAUUUUACAAAAAUAUUUACAGGUUCAUUUGUUACUUUUUAUCAUUUCUUCAAAUAUGUCAUGUUUACAUUAAAAAAUUCCUAGAGAACCAAAAAAAAGUUGCCUUCUGCCUUGUCAUUUCUGGUAGGAGUUUUGGGGA